GACAAAGUGGAAUUAGUCACCGUAAAUGCCGGUGAAGAGUGUAAGUGGGUCAAUGCAAAAGACUUUGAGGCGAACCUAACCACCUUCCAGUCCUGGGAUUGGAUUUACGGUUCUUCACCGAAAUUCUCCAUUCCUAUGGAGACGGAUUCUGGAACGCAAAUUUGUUUGGAAUGUGAGAAAGGACGUAUUAGAAAGAUAGAGCAAGGUGGAAUCUUGGUCACACCAACCCCUCUACUCCAGCGGAUAUCCUCGGCAAUAACCGGUAAACCUGUAGUAAACCCUUGGAUAAGUAGGCUCAAUGAGGCGCUCACUGGGAAGCCUCUAACUUUUGAAGCCAUCCACACGGCCUUAUUGGAGUUUGAGAUGUCGAACAAUAUUGGUAGUGAAACCAACGAUUUCGCCAAUCCAUUCGAUACUUGCUCACAGAUAAUUGAUAGACUACGGGCCAUGGCCACUUGUUUCUAG